UGACUCGAGCGCGGAGGAGAGGCACGAGAGCGCUUUCUCAUUCAGUCCGGCGACACAUCCAUGCAUGAAUGCGGUGCGUUUACUGGGGUGAGUGCAAGCUUUAAGUUUUACACCACAUUCGACGCUUCAGUAAAACGUAACUAGAAACAGAAAAAAAGAGUUUCCAAAAGUCCAGUCCCUUAGGAGGAUCGGCUCACCGCGUUACGCACGCACAGCACAGCAACAUAUUUACAUUAGGACACUUGCAACUUUAUCUAUAAAGUGUCACGGAUCUGCUGCGUUUAAUGUCUGUUUCACAAUAGUCAGCAUGUAGUCGGUCAAAUGAAAGAUAUGUUUAUGAAUGGAAGCGCUGAAUGCGCUCGAGCGCGCAGCAGUUCAUGUUCCAUCUCCAAUAAAUCGCUUAAAGUCAGUCUCCUACUUCAAAGGGUGAUCGGACGGCGCGCUCAGAGUCCAACCGCUGCAGAAUGGACGGACUUUACGACCAACAAGUGCCUUUCAUUAAAUCUCAUAAUCCUCGGGCAAAGACGUUCAACACGAGACCAGCGAAGGACAGGAAAAGAAAAUUCAUUAACUCUGACCUGGCGUUGGACACCGAGGGUAAGCACUCAGGUGUGGGUGAAAAAGACAAUGUUCAUUUCACGCCUUCUUAACAUCUCGCAAAAUGCAAUAUCGCUCGUUGCCACCUGCACUCAGGGCUUUAAAAUCUCAAUCAGCUGCGCUCGCCUCAGUCUUCAGAGGGCUUUGAGACUGGAUUCGAGAGAGCUGUUUCAAGAUCUCAGCCAACUUCAGGAGACCUGGCUCGCUGAAGCUCAAGUUCCUGACAAUGAUGAGCAGUUUGUUCCAGACUUUCAGAGUGAAAACUUGGCGUUCCACGGGCUGCAGUUGAGGAUUAAGAGAGAGCCCCACAGUCCGUGUACUGAUCUGGGCUCAGCCUGCAGUCAGGAGAGGCCCUUCAGGAUCCACUAUGGGGAGAAGUGCCUGUAUAACAUCAGUGCCUACGAGCAGAAGCAUCCCUCGGGAAUGAAGGCCUCCAGCCCAGUGUCUACCCCCUGCAGCACGCCCGUGUCCCCUGGCCAGCAUGUGUCUCCCACUGCCGCCCCCACCCCGAAACCAGACAGGACGUACCCUCACCUCGCACCCCCACAGCCCCUCCCUGACAGCGCUUACCCCAUGGACCACAGUGUUUUGUACAGAUUUCGGCGGCAGUUGUCGGAGCCGUGUCAUUCGUUCCCCUCUCCUUCGAUGUCGCGGGACGGACGGCCCAUGUAUCACAGACAGAUGUCAGAACCCAGCAUCCCCUUCCCUCCUCAGGGGUUCAAGCAGGAGUACGGCGACCCCCUCUUCGAACAUCCGGCCAUGGUGGGGGCGCCCCAGCUCCCCCAGACGUACCCACACUCCAUGAUGAUCAAACAAGAGCCUCGCGACUUCACCUACGACUCAGAAGUGCCUAGCUGUCACUCUGUGUAUCUUAGACAAGAAGGAUAUCUGGCCCACAAUAACAGAACAGAGGGAUGUAUGUUCGACAAAGUUGCAAGGCACUUCUAUGAUGACACUUGCGUGGUACCAGAGAAGGUUGAAAGUGAUAUAAAGCAGGAGGCGGGGCUCUACCGUGAAGGCCCGACCUAUCAGAGACGAGGCUCACUGCAGCUAUGGCAGUUUUUGGUGGCCCUAUUGGAUGACCCCUCAAACUCACACUUCAUUGCGUGGACAGGCCGGGGCAUGGAGUUUAAACUCAUUGAGCCAGAGGAGGUGGCACGACGUUGGGGAAUUCAAAAGAAUCGGCCUGCCAUGAACUACGACAAACUUAGCAGAUCGCUGCGCUAUUACUAUGAGAAAGGCAUCAUGCAAAAGGUGGCAGGCGAAAGAUACGUGUAUAAGUUUGUCUGCGACCCCGAGGCUUUGUUCUCCAUGGCCUUCCCUGACAAUCAGCGUCCGGUGCUGAAGACCGACCUGGAGCGGCAGAUCAACGAGGAAGACACCGUGCCGUUGUCACACUUCGAUGAGAACAUGGCGUACAUCCAAGAGGGCGGCUACUGCAAUCCGCACCCGUACAACGAGGGCUACGUCUACUGAAAACUGCUACCGGCCGUUCGAAAACAAAACAGACUUUCAGACUUACCCCUCAUUUCCUUCAGUCAUUCCCCAGGAUAAAAGAGAGCACUUUAUGGACAGAGGAUGAUGGCAGUGUGUAAACCUACAAACGUACCGGUGUAAUUACGUUAGAUGCUCCUUUGGUGUUUUUUGUUGCUAUUGAAUGGGAUGGGAUGUUUCAGCAUGCCGGUUUCUCACAGUGAAAGACUCUUGAGGGCAAACGGCCUCUUUUUUGAACUAUUUAGACAGGUUAGAGUCUGGAGCACGUGAGUGGAAAAAACCCAACCUCUUCUACCAUUGAAACUCUUGGAUUGUUUGUGGAGCGCUUUGUUAUUUUCGCACAGUUUCACAGCAUUUGUUUUCUCCCCCUUGGUGUCAAACUGAGUAAAUAAUACAGUGUAUUACUAUGGAAAUAAAAUCCUUAAAACUCUC